UCAUCAUCACCACCACCACCAACACCUGGACAGAUACACCGGCAAGGGCAGUGAGGCCACAGGCAAGAGAGUGGUCAUCGGGGUGGACGGCAGCGAACACUCCAACUACGCUUGUGAUUGAAAGUACGUGUUUGACCGCGAGGUGGUUGACCUGAAGCUGAAGGAGGGCGAGGAGCAAGUACACCAUGACCUGGAGAAGUUCAAGGAAAAACUGCUAAAGCACAAGGCUCAUGGAAAAGUUCGGGCUGUGUCGGCCAAGAACCCAGGUGACGCCAUCUUGAAAACGUCAGAGGAGGAAGCGAGUGACCUCAUUGUGAUUGGCUGUCGUGGUCGCAGCUCUCUGAGGAGAACCAUUCUGGGCACCGUCAGCGACUACAUCGUUCACCAUGCCGCUGUGCCCGUUGUGGUGUGCAGAUACAAGACAUCCCGCAGAAAGUCCAGUGCAAUCACGGCUCCAAACCCUGAGGAGUUGUGCGUUAAGUAGUUCACAGAGAUGGCUGUUCAUGGCCUUCUUUCUGUGUACAGCCUCACACUUACAGCUUCGAUACUUGGUCCAAAUCCAUAUCUAAAAUCUUGUGUACCUUUGUUUUUCCCACUAAGGGAAAUUGUUAAAUGCAGAGUAGGUCACACAAAGCCUUGCAAAUGGUUGGCUUUGUUGUAAAUUAUUUCUGUUUAUGUAACGUGGAUGCCGGAGCUAAACUACAAACGUUGACUGAUACUCGGCAAGGCGAAAUAUUCAACAUCCAUGCUUCCUUCACUGUGUAUAACUUAUAGAAAGACUUAACGCUCACAACAUAUUUGAAAAUCGUGCAUAUUGUACCUUUAGUCUUUAAUCAGAAUUCUGUGUGUUGUAUUAUGCAAUGCAUUAUUUGGUUACCUGUGUCAUAUAGACUUUUUUUUUGGCUUUGCUUUUUUUUCUUGAUUUUUGUUUGUUUGUUCCAAAACCUCAUUUCGAUUAUUGAAAAAAAAAUGGCUGACCAUGCGUGUAACUGAUAUAGGAAAGACAAUCUACUUUUGUACUACAUCUCACAGAGUUCCCUGCUCUCUCGAUAAAAUAAUAUCGAACCAAAAGGCCUAGUGAUUAGGCACCGCAAAGUUGUUGCAUAUUAAAAAAAUAGACCUUGCUUUUCUCAAUCACAUAAGCGAAAUGAACUACGAAAUGAACCUUGUAUAAAAAAAUCAAUUCCCUGAUGUUGCACAGAUUAUAGUUAAGUGGUGAGCGGCAAUCCACUACUAACUGCUUUCCGCUUUAGAUGAAAAUAUUAAAUGACCAAAGACAUAGAAACGAAAUCGAUAGAAAAAACAAAAAAAAACUUUAUCUUACUUCUAACGAAGUGAUUCUGCUGCCAAUAUUUAUGUUAUAGUUAUUGUCUUAAUGUGCUCAUUAUUUACUUGUCUAUCCGUACACAGUUUGUUAUGUGCCUACGUUACUCUUAUUGAUAUCAACACGUCCCCAGUGCAUAAUCGGAAAAAGUGAAAGACAAUAAAAGUAUAAUUAAACAAUAAA